CUCUCUGUAUAUAAGGAGAUUGCGGAGCCUCGGCUGGCACUCGCGGAUGAUGAUGGCACACAAGCAGCAGCCGCUGUACCUGCACCUGGCCGAGCUCACCGCCUCCCAAUUCCUGGACAUCUGGAAGCACUACGACUCUGACGGAAAUGGCUUCAUCGAAGGGAAGGAGCUGGAGAACUUCUUCCAGGAAUUGGAGGCGGCGCGGCGAGGAGCGGGAAUGGAAGGAUCCUCCAUCAACAUCGGAGAGAAGCUGAAAGAAUUCAUGCAGAAGUACGACAAGAAUGCAGACGGACGCAUAGAAAUGGCAGAGGUGAGUGUGCAGGAACAGAGUACAG